GACGUCAUCGAAACGCAACGUCCUCAAUAUAAAAUAGAAAUGUAAAAUCCUCUUUACAAAACAAACAUCUUAAAUUGUAUAGAAAUAAUUCAAGAUGCUUCAUCAUAAUCAUUUUUAAAUUUGUUCCACCCACAUGGCUUUGAAAAACAUAAAUACCUCUCAUUGAUUGCGCUCUUAGCUAAUUCACUCCAGGUGACAAACUGAUCAGUAAAGGUAAGGGCAGCAGAAGCAUUAAGGUGCUCAGAAAAUGGGGUUGAUGCGGAUGUGGAUUUUCUUACUUCUCAUUUACUUUGCCAACUCUAAUCCACUGGAAAGUGUGCCAGAAUAUGAAGAUGCAGAAUUAGAAUGGGAGAGUUUGCAUCCAGAGCUGGAGAGCGAGAUGGAUAAAGUUCCUCCAGGCCUUGUACCCAGAUCAUCCAUGUUUCCUGACAGAUUGCCCAAGAGUAAAUCCUCACCACCUGUCAUGUCUUCAUGGUAUAGAAUUGUCUCUUUCUCGCAGGAUCCAAAAGAGCUAUUUAUUCCAGAAAAAGGUGUUAGACCUCUCCCGGACUCGGUCAAGGAAAUGCUGCUUGCACCACCUCCCACUGUUGCCUCAACUGGUGGAGCAGCCAAUUCUAAGCUUGUUGAGGUCUUGUGCCACAUUGACCGCAUGUACGUGAAAGUAAGCAAGGAGCUUUUCUCAACAAGAGAUGCAUUCAAAGACUUGAAACUUGGCAAGUGUCCUGUAAAUGAAGGCACUUCGGAACAUUAUUUCCUGCUGUACCUUCUGAAUACUGACUGUGGAUUCAAGAGAGAGAGUACUGAUGACCAUUUGGUCAUUAGUAUUGUACUCCACUACAAGCCAACUACUCCAGUUGUUCGAGAGAUGCCAUUUGAUGUCCUCUUGCAGUGCAAAUACCCAAGGCAUUUCCACUCAUUCCAUCCUGGUAUCUUUAUCAAAUUGAGAAGGGGCACGGUUUACAAACCACUGCGAUCAAAACAUGCUUACGUCAUCACUCCACAAGAUGCUUCAGGAAAUGAAGUUGUUGGUGAUAAAACGUUUAUCCUGGGGCAACCAAUGUACUUUGUGGUGAAACGAGCAGACGACGCUUCUUCGAACCAGAGGCUUUACAUCAACAAGUGUUUUAUGACUCCUCUCCAAGAUCCUUACUCUGAACCAAAAUAUACAGUUAUUGACAACCAAGGGUAAGAAAUUUAACUUGGUCAAAAGCAAUAUGUCACAGUUCAUCACUAAUUUCUUUCCAUUUUUUCAGUUGUAUGAUUGAUAGUAUGGUGACAAAACAAUCUGCGUUUCUCAAGGGCCCCUUAAACAUUCAAAAAUUCUCAGUGAGUGCCUUCAUUUUCAAAGACACGGCUGUUUCUUCAUCAUCGCAACUCUAUCUGCACUGUGAAUUCUCCAUGGGUGAUCCAACACCAACAUCAAGUUUAAAGGCUUGCAAUUAUCAUCGAGCAACCAAAAAAUGGAAAGAGUUGCAUGGCAAUGACCGCGUGUGUGCCUGCUGUGAAUCCUCCUGCUUGCCACUAUCGAAAGCGUCUGUCAACAUGGUCUCAAGUCCGUCUUGGAAGGUCAGCUUCAAAGAUAAGGAUGGAAAGCCGGACUUUGAGCUGCAGCCGAAACCUGCACUCUGGGGAGCCUCCAGCUUUGAUGACAUGACUGAACAUAGUGACUUCCUUAGCUAUUGGGAGUAAUUAUUGAAUGUCUUGUAAAUAAAACCAUCCCACCUCAUCUGUGUUGUGCUGCAGUCAAUAUCUACCUAUGUGAAA